GAUUUGAGACAAUCACAAUUGACUAUUGAGUGAUUUGACUAUUUUGACUACCUACUUGGUACUUAAGUUUGAAAAUACGAAAUGUCCACUUCAACGUCUAAUUGUUUAAACAAUAAAAAAAAAGGUGGAGCAGAAAAAAUGCGUGACAAAAGAAAAGCCCAGCUCAAAGUAAUAGCAAACGAUUCAAAACAGAGAAAACUUAAUUUUUCUGUUAGACCAAGUGCUUCAGCUUCAUCAAACGAUGAUGUAAUGUUGAUUGAAGACAAUUUUAAAGUGUCAUUGUUGCCAUUGGCUAUCGAAAAAGAAUGUUCGUUGGUUAAAGACAUAUACAAAUCUGUAUUGCCUGUAGAAAUAGAAAAAGAAAGUGUAUUGGUUAAGAAUUCAGAAUCAGAAUGUAUAACUUUAAACCAUACAAUUGUUCCUGGACAUGGAAAUAUUUUUCAUGACAUUUCUAUUUCAAAAAAUGAUAGUCCUGUUCAACCUGAAUUGGUAAAGUUUCCUGUUACUAACGGUCGCCGAUUCAAUACAAAAUACUAUAAAGAUUAUGAAUGGUUAGAAUAUUCAGUAUCAAAAGAUUCACUGUUUUGUUUUGUAUGUCGGCAUUUUGGGGCUAAUAUUCCAUCACCAGGUGAGAUGUAUGGUAAUUAUAGUUUUGUAAACAAUGGAAAUAACUGUAAAAAAUGGAAAGAAAUAAAAUCACCAUUGGAUCGCCAUCAAAGAAUAAACAGACAUGUUAUUUCUGUGCAGCGUUGGGUAGAUUAUAGAUCAGUCCAGGCAAAAAAUAAUUUAUCUAUAGCCAACCAAUUAAAUUCUUCAAGACAACAUGAAAUAAAUGAAAACCGUUUACAUGUACAUUUUUUACUUAAGGCUACACUAUUUUUGGCGAAACAAGGAUUACCUUUUAGAGGUCACAAUGAAACGUUUACAUCAACAAAUAAAGGUAAUUUUAUUGAACUACUACAAAUGUUUGGUGAUGAAAAGUUAAACCAAAAGCUACAGUCUAGGUAUGGACAUUAUACUAGUCCUGAAUACCAAAAUGAUUUAAUUGCAAUAAUUGCAAAAUGCACAAGACAACAAAUAUUAAAGAAAAUUAAUAAAUUUGAUGUUUUUACAAUUAUGGUGGAUGAGACAAAAGAUAAAUCUAAGAAAGAACAAAUGAGUUUUGUUAUAAGGUUUCUGGAUGAUAAUUUUAAUAUACAUGAAAAAUCCAUUGGCUGUUACCACAUGGUUAAAUCUGAUUCUGAAAGCUUAUUUAAUCAAAUAAUUAAUAUAAUCUCAGAAAAUAAUUUAAAUAUAAACAAAUGUGUUGCACAAUGUUACGAUGGUGCAUCAGUUAUGAGCGGAGCGUAUACAGGUGUUCAAGAACGAAUACGCAGUAAAGUGUCACACGCAAUAUAUGUGCACUGCUAUGCGCACCGCCUUAAUUUAUGUUUAAUUCAAACUUUGCAAAAUAUACCAUUCGUUGUAAAUUUUUUUAAUACAGUGCAAGAAACGUAUAAGUUUUUAAUGAAUGGACAAACAAGAUACGAGUUAUUUAUUAAAGUUCAAAAAGACCACAAUUUACCCGUGUUACAUUUAGAACGUUUAGUGGACACUAGGUGGGCUUAUUGGUAUAGUUCAUUAAGUAAAAUUAAUUCAAGAUAUACAGAAAUAAUUGAAGUACUUAGUAUACUUGGUGAAGAAGGUGAUCAAACGGCUAGGGCAACUGGAAUUUUAAAUGAAAUGUCUAAAUUUUCUUUUAUUAUUAUGGCGAUUGCAAUGGAAUCUCUUCUUAAAGUUAUACAUUGUGCUUCUACAGAACUUCAAAAUUCAAGUAUUAUUUUACCAGCAGCUAUUGAUCUGAUAAAAUGUACUAGACAAAGUUUAAAUGAAAUGCGGAGUGAUACAUUUUGGGUUGAUACAAUAAAAAAUGCUGAAUUAAUUGCUACUAAAAAUGGAAUUCCUACAAAUCACAGAUCUAGCAGAUCACUAUGUUUCAAUAAAAGGCUCAAAGACUACUUUACUGAAUCAUCAGUAGGGAAUACUUCAAAUAACACACUAAAUAAUUCAGUGAAUGAAUUAAAAGUAUUAUUUUAUUCAGCAAUUGAUAGGUAAGUGUUCUGCAGUGUUAUUACAGUUUAAAUAUUUGAAAUAAGUUAUGAUUUGAAAAUAUGAUUGAAAUAAUUGCUUACCAAUGUAACUAGGGACUUAUUUUGUUAUUUACAAUUUUUUUAUAGAUUUAUGAAUGAACUUGACAAACGUUUUAAUGACACUAACAACAAUAUUAUU